AUGCUGCCCCCGCCAGAAGAUGACCAGGCUGAGGAUGACUCUGGGGAAGACCCCAUGGACUACGACGUGUCGAGAUCCGACCCUGGCUUCAUCGAUUCGGUCUUGGAAGAAAACACUUCUCUCCGGUUCGAUAUCGACUCUGUUCGUUUAGAAAACUCCUCUCUACAGGAGGAAAGGGACGCCUUGCGUAGGCAGGUCGAGUCCCUCACACUGGGCCAGCGGUUUGGCAUUCGCUGUUUGAUUGGCUCAGACGAUGACAUCGGGCAUUAUACAAGUUAUGCUGAUACCGUAGUAAUCCUGGACUGCACUGAGUUGCAUUGUCAAUGCCCCUCUGAUCCUGUUCUUCAAAAUGAAGUUUACUCCCAUUACAAGUCCCACUGCACGCUGAAAGGGCUCAUUGGCAUUGCUCCACAUGGGCCAGUGACAUUUAUUUCACAAUUGUAUGCAGGGUCAAUCAGUGAUAAGCAAAUUACCAUGCAGUCUGGUGUCCUUGACCUGCUUAGACCUGGGAUGGCUGUCAUGGUGGACAGAGGAUUUCUAAUUGAUGAUGUAGUUCCUUGUAAGAUAUAUAGACCACCUUUUCUAGGUGGCAGGCCUCAGAUGUCUGGAUCAGAGGUAAAGGAGACUCAGGCUAUUGCCAGUCUAAGAGUACAUGUGGAACGGUCUAUACGUCGUGUGAAAGAGCACAAAAUUUUCAGCUCAGAAAUUCCCUUGAGUUUAUUCGGCAGCAUUAACCAGCUGUACACUGUUGCAUGCCUUCUGACCAAUUUUGAACAUCUCCAUCUUGUUAAGGCCUGGGCAAAGAGGCAUGAGGUGUAAGUGAGGCCUAGUUGUAUAUACUG